AUGAAUGUUCUAUGUCAAAAAUCGAAAUCUAGCGUCUUCUUGAAACGUAUACAUCAACUCGGGCUCAAACAACUAGUCACAGUGCCAACGCGAACGGAAGCUCGAUAUGUGAACGGAUCAUUCAGUGUCACUUCAACGCUCAUUGACCACAUCUACUGUUCAUCUGAAAGAAAUGUUGCGUCAAUACAUGUACCACCACUUUCUCUGAGUGAUCACUAUCCUGUCUUCCUCGUACGCCGUUGUAACGCUUCCAGGAGAUCAAAACAAAAUGAAAAGAGCACUAUUCAAUAUCGAUCCUUAUCCAACUUGAACAAAACAGAUUUUCGUGAAGAUCUACGUCUGGCCCCAUGGUCCUCAAUUGAAGCAUUUGACGAUCCAUCUGACGCCCUUGCACUCUGGUACGAGAUCUUCCAGAGUGUUGUUGAACGACAUGCCCCUCUCCGAACGAAAAGAGUCAAAUCCUUACAGCUGCCUAAGUGGAUGACGCCUGAAAUUCUGUCUGACAUAAAGAAACGAGAUCAGCUAAAAGCAAAAGCCCGAAACGGAACAAUAUCAUGGGAAACGUUCAGAUCAUGUAGGAACAGAAUAUCAUUUAACAUUAAACAAGCGAAAAAGAAUUACUUUGCACACGAAAUUUUACAGAACAAACAUGACUCGAAGAAACUAUGGAAACUGAUGAAAGAAGCGGGAAACUUGAACUCCAACAAAACAACACCAAACGAGAUAAUCGAUAAUGGGGCUUCUGUCACAAACACAGCCAUAAUUGCACAGUUGUUUAACUCGCAUUUCUCACAAAUUGCAGACUCUGUCAUCCAUGAUACAACACAUCACGAACCAAAUUUAGAACCACUUCGACAAUUUGUGAAAACUCACCUUCCUGAUAACCACCACUUCACGGUUCCAGCCAUGUCUGCAGAGUACCUUCUGAAUGCAAUCAACAACUUGUCGUGUAACAAAGCAAAAGGAGUUGACUCGAUAAACAUCCACCUUCUUCAAGUCGGCUGCAAUGAAGUCCUCCCAUCCCUUCUCUACAUCUAUAACACCAGCAUAACCUCGGGUAUUUUUCCAGACCAGUGGAAAAUCAGCAAGAUCACACCUGUGUUCAAAAAAGGCUCGCGACAAAAUAAGGAUAAUUAUAGACCUAUCGCUGUUUUGUCUGUGCUAUCUAAGAUCUUGGAGCGCUUUUAUGGUCUACAUCUACUUGGUUACCUUCAAGAACACAACUUGCUCACCAGUUCCCAAUUUGGAUCACGACCUUUCCACUCUUGUGAAACAAUGUUACUCCAACUUACAGACUCGCUACUUAAUGAUAUGGACAAAGGAAAUCUCAGCGGUAUUCUCCUUAUAGACUUCCGGAAAGCGUUCGACCUUAUAAGCCAUGACCUCCUACUACAGAAACUUGCCAUUUAUGGUCUUAAAGAUUCAACACUCCAGUGGUUCAAGUCUUAUCUCACGGAACGAAAGCAAUUAGUGUCCAUCGGACGUGCAACUUCAGAUCUCCUACCAGUACAUACCGGUGUUCCACAAGGUUCAUCACUUGGACCACUUCUCUUCAUUUUAUUCAUCAACGACAUACCACUUGUUAACAAAGAAUGCAAUUCCUACAUCUAUGUAGAUGACACCACCUUGGUCAAGUCAGGGACAUCCAUCAACACCGUUAGAUCACAUCUACAAACUGGUGCUGACAACCUAAGUAACUGGGCCUCCGAGAAUAGAAUGGCCAUCCAUCCCAACAAGACUAAGGUCAUGCUUAUUGGAUCACGACAAAAACUUUCAACCAUCAACGAACCGCUCAAUGUUUCUAUCUGCGGAACCACCAUCUCCCAAACAACCUGCGAAAAACUACUUGGUGUGCACAUGGAUGACUCACUCACAUGGAACACCCAUAUUUCUCACGUUAUCAAGAAAUACAACAACAAACUUGAACUUGUGAAACGAGCCAAACCUUACCUUACACCCAAGCUCCUCCUUCUCCUUUAUAACAGCAUAGCAAAGCCAACACUCGAGUAUUGUUGUAGCGUUUGGGGUAAUUGUAGUACAGACGCUCUUGGACGUGUAACAUCUGCCCAAAAACGUGCCGCGAGGAUUCUACUAAACGCUGAUUACACUAUCCCAUCAAUAACCUUAUUCAAAGAAAUCAACCUUAUCCCAAUUCAUGACACCAUUCGCCACCGGAUCCUACUACAGACGUUCAAAUGCAUACAUGACAUCAGUCCACCAUGCCUCAGCACCCUCAUGGAAAAACCAACCCACCACCAUUCAACAAGAGCUAUUGCGAAUAAUAAUGUCCACAUCCCAAAAGCAAGAUCUAACGCAGGAAAACGACGAUUUUCAUUUAUAGCAUCUACCUUAUGGAACAAUUUCCCUAACGAGGCAAAGAAAAUAACAUCGCAGCCGUCAUUCAACACAUAUUGCAAGAGUUACUUUAGUCAGAAACUCGUGAGUUCAACUAAACUUAACAGCAUAAGGCUUUAUUAA